AUGGCCUUAGAGAUACUUAAGGAAGAACUACUGGGAAGUCGUCGCGACUUUAAGACGGCUAUAAUAGAUAAACUGGAGAAAGUAAGAAUCACUGAACAAGUGGAAGCUACUGCAGCAACAUGGAGUCCUACCGGUCAAUGUCUAGCCUACAAUAUCGACACAUUACUUCAUACAAAAUCUAAUAGAAUGUUUAGUUCCGUUGGCUACAUUGAAAUUAACGGUAACGUCGUCGUGACCUCGGAUAUCUUCCCAAACACAAAGUAUGGAUACAACAAGAGACAUUUCAAUGUCUCCACCUUGAAGUAUCCACUGUUUGUCAUAAAGAAAGACGUCAACGGUACCACUGAAUAUAAAGGAUUUUGUAUGGAUUUGUUAAGAGAACUUGCUAAUAAACUUAACUUCACUUACACAAUAACAGAGCCUGUUGAUGGUAAAUGGGGAGAUUAUGAAGAUAGUAAUAAAACCUUUAAUGGACUGGUUGGCCAGCUUCAGAGAGAGGAAGUUGACAUGGUUGCAGCACCGUUAUCAACAACAGCUGACAGGACUCAGGUUAUGGACUUCAGUUAUCCAUUCUAUUAUGAAUAUACGACUGUCAUACUGAAAAAGCCUGAUGUUAAUGCUACAAAAUGGAGAACACUGAUUGAUCCAUUCAAAUGGGAGGUUCUUGUUUCCAUAGGGCUUGCUCUGCCAGUAAUGACCAUGUUGGCAUUCCUAAUUGAGAAAUAUAAUCCAUUUUAUGGGAAGUCAGAACAUUCCGAUGAAAGAGAACGUAAUGGAGGACUCCAUAUGUGGCAUAACUCUGUAUGGUAUAUGUACGGGGCAUUGUUAUGCCAAGGCGGCGUUCAUUUGCCAGAUUCAACAGCCGGUCGAACUUUAGUGAGCUCAUGGUGGUUGUUUUGUAUAAUCAUUGUUGGUAUAUAUUCUGGCAACCUCAUUGCCUUUCUCACAGUAACAAAAGAAAAACCUCCAUUCAACACACUUUCCGAGAUGAUAAAGUUAAAAGGCUCAUACAGAUGGGGCACACUAUCAGAUACCCAUUUCGCAGCAGUGUUUUUGAAUUCUGAUAAUCCAACGUAUAAACCUAUUGGAGAUGGUAUUCGUGACUUUAACAAGACGGAUCCUGACGUAUUGAGUACAGACCCAGAAGUGCACAUCAGAAAAGUUAAAGAAGGCAAAUACGCCUGGAUAGGUGAUAAGACGUAUAUAGAAAUAGCAAUGUCGAAGGAAUGUAGCUUAACAUCAAUCAACGAAGAAUUUCUACCGCUUAAGUAUGGAUUAGGUUUCGUGAAAAACUCGCCACAUACUGCUAUCUUCACAAAACAAACUAUCAAAUUACAUGAAGGUGGGCUGUUUCAAAUUUGGAAGAGAAAAUGGUGGCCAACAGCAAACUUCUGCGCGGGCAAUACGGUUACUGAGGCCAAACCGAUUUCAUUGAUGGAUGUGCAAAGUGCUUUCUACGUCUGUUUGAUUGGGGUUUUUCUUGGAUCUGUUGCCUUUAUCAUAGAACUUUUAGUUCAUAGAUUCAGAUUAAGGAACAGCGAAUUGUGCAAUAGGCAGUCCAUCACCAGAAAGCAGAGAGUACUAGAGCCAUCCACAGAGAGUACUAGAGCCGAUGGUAGUAAAUACUCUGAAGGAGAAGUUAACAUUUGAUAUCUGGUUUGCUUACAAAACAAGAGCUACAUAAUAUAUACAGAGAUUGUUGCUCAUUGCUGAACUGAGGAUUGCAUAUUCUUCGCAACUGAAUUAUUUUGUAAUUCUGUAGACAACACAUAUAUUUGGGCCAGUCAUUUUGAUAUAUAUUUAGAGAUAAGCUGAUUUGUCGCUCAUUUACAGAAUAUUAGCAAUGCAAAUUAUAAAACUAUUAAGAAAAUAACACAUUUUGAUGUAUAUAAUUGUUGAAAAUAAGCAUUAUUAUCCGCUAAAACAACAUGAUUUUCAUACUAUUACAGUGUCUUUACAUAAUAAAAACGGUAUAUAAAUUUAAGUCAUUCGAUAAUACAGUCGAAUAUGUACGAAAAUUGAAUGACGUUAUUGCAUUUUAUUUUAACAAAAGUGGUUUGCUUACGGCUUUUUCAUGAAGAUUAAUCCCUUGACAUAUUGCAUCUUUUCAACUGCUUUUUUCUUUUAUUGCUUUACCGUGUGUAUAAUUAAACACAAGUUCAGAUUCAGUAAAAUCGUUUAUUAAUUCCUAUAAGUAACUACACAUUUGGUCAUUUUCAAUUUAACAAAGUCUUUUUUAUUUACUUCACAGCAGCGGGUGUUAAGUACUGUGUGACGGCCGCAAAAAGUCGCCCCGACUUCGUCUCAGUGUUGUUAUAUUUUCUGGUCCUUCGGGAUCAUCGAUUUCAAUUCAAUUAGAUUUGAAGAUUGAAUACUGCUUAAGCCGAUGCUAGUGGGAGUGGGUAGUGUUGCAUUUUCCAUUACUGCUCAUGAACAGACUCAAUCAAACCGAGUCUGCAAUUUUCACUGUUUGCCUUGUUCUCGGUGCUUCCGAGAGAUCUACUUUCCAGAUUUUAUUAUCAAAUAGCAAAAGAUCUACAUCUCAGUUAUUGUUUUGAAUUACAGUUGGCAGAUAAAAAUAUUUCUGUUGUUGACAAAAAUACUCAGUGGCAUGGGAAACACAAGCGAAUUCAGGCGUGGGUGGGGUGCCCACUAAAACAUAUCAAGAAAAGUAGUAAAUUAGCAAGAGUACAGGCUUGUCGGAACUCUUAAAAAUAACUAGGCGAUAAAGAGUACACUAAAAUCAUUUUGAUGUAUUUGAUGUGACCAGCCUUUCAGCCGAAAGUUCUUAUUCUUUCGCUGUUUGUGUCAUGGCUUUCAUUUUUAUUGCGUUUGUCUUAUGAAGCAUACAAUUAUGCAAAUAAUCGUUUCUUUGUAAGGAAAAUUUAGUUACAUAUAAUGCAACGUUCCUAGCCUAAAUCUGGAGCUAUUAAGAUGGUGUUUAAAAUGGUUUGGUGUACAUUUUGAUAUUCAAUUAUAUAUUAGGCACAAAGCUAUAUUUUACUUUUUGCGUUAACAGUCGUAUUUCUUAUUUCUUUACGACU